AUGGGAGGCUUGCUGGCUGCUGAGGUUGUUUUAAUGCCUAAUCACGAUCCAAAUCUCCAUCAACCAUUCAAGCACCGCAUACUGGGUACCUUGUCUUUGGAUUCACCGUUUCUCGGCCUACACCCCGGAAUUGUUGUAUCCGGCCUGUCGAGCCUCUUCCAACCUGCGCCACAACCUGAAAAAGAGACUGUAGGAUCAGCGUCUGAGUCCUCGCUGAGCGUGGACCCGUCAACGAGCGACUUUCUGCUGCCACUAUCUGAUACCACCUCCAGCGCGUCUGUAACAUCACCACCACCAACCCAGACGAAUGAGCUAUACGACCCACCGUUUUUCAACGACGUUCCCUUUAGAGAGAAACCGCUCUUCUCAAGACUACGAAAUUUCGCCUCGAAGCACAGAGCCGAAGGCAUAUUCAAUGCUCUAGGCAACCACAUUGUAUCUCAUCUGGAAUUUGGUGGCUGUAUGGCCGACUAUCCAGAACUCUCGUCACGUUAUAAACGAAUCCGGGCUCUGGAGGAUGUGGAUGAGCUCAAAGCCAUAUCCGAAGGCCAUCCAGCCGCAGCACACAGACGUGUUCGGUUUGUCAAUUACUACACCUUGUCGCCAGGUCGUCCAAAGCCGUCGCCCCAAAUGGUUGGGCUGAGAGUUGACAGCCCAUCGUCCUCAACUCUGAGCUUGAACCAGCCGGAAACCGAUAGCAAGGAACCCGGGGAACCCAAAACAGAAAUAGAAUCGAACCCCAUUCAAGAGACUCAACAGCCACCACAUCUGACACAGGCAGUAAGUAUUGCUAGCUCUGAUGGAGAAGAUCUUUACGAAGCGGAUGAGCCGAAGCCCGGACUAGACGGAAAACCAAAUGCCGAGACACUGUCCAAGUACAACGACGUAGACGACGAGGACAUUUCCGAACAUGAACGCCGCAUGUCUAUGCUGCACCUCGACCCUACCCCGAUGAUGGAAGAAACGGACGAGGCCCCCAUGGCAUCCGAGGGGGCUAGCAUGCCACCAACCGGCGAAAUCCAGCCAAGCUUUGACCUCGCCCCUAUCCCACCUAUGCCCGAAGAGCCAACGGUCCAUGACUUGACAAAGUACACGGACAAGGAUGCCCGCAAGCAAGCAGAAAAGGAAGCCAAGCGAGAGCAAAAGGCGUACCAGCAGGCCAUCAAGGACCGCAACAAGGCCAUCCGCGAACGCGAAAAGCUCCUCGAGAAGCGUCGCAAAAAGUCCGAAAAGGAGGCCCAGCGGCUCGAAAAGGAAUCAAUCCGCGAGGCGCAGGAGCUGGCCAGGCAGAGAGACGAGGCCGCCGCGGCCGCCCGCGCCGAACACGCGGCUGCAGACGCCGCCGCCGCAACAGCAGCCCCCGGGACAUCACCACCACCUCAACACCCGCCGCCGCCGCAGCAGCAGCAGCAGCCCAAGAAGCUACGCAAGUUUUGCGCGCUGCCCCGGCGCGACGACGCCACGUGGGUCGACAUUUACAUGGCGGACGUGGACGAGGUUGGCGCCCACUGCGGACUGUUUACGCCGGGCGCGCACUACGACAAGCUCGUGGGCGACGUGGGCACCCGCAUCAUGGCGUGGGUGCACGAGGACCUGUCGACGAGGGCGGCCCUGGACAUGUAG